CGAUCCCGUGUGCUGUUCGGUUCUGCAAAACAAAUUCGAUAAAUAAACUCUACAAAUUAUUCAAAAUUCCUGCCGUCAGUGCCCAAGCAACUGGUUUGUACAGAACAAAACAAGUUUACCGCCAGCAGCAGUGGAUGAAAGCUUGUCGGCUUCAAAAGCUCACAAACAACUCCCGGAUUUGUGCGUGGCACUUUGUUCGUGGGGAACCAGCUUGCUUUGAAGCGGACAAAGAUGUCGACUGGAAGCCAACGCUAAAUUUAAACCUUGAUCCCCACGGCGAUGUUCCGUCGUUCCCAACACCAGGAAUGUCGAUUACGAGCGGAAUCGCUUCUGCUUCUCCGCAGCACGGAGGCGGAACAAACGCGAUCGUGACCUCCACCCGGACGACAGCGGUACAGGACGGUAUCGAACAGUACGGCCAAGCAAACGCCUUCGCUCCUCCGCAAGAUGUCCAUAGCGUAACGGGAACGUUCGCGACCUCCAACAGGGCUGCAGCUGCACCGGUUGGUCUUGGACGUUACGACCCACAAAUCGUCUUCGCUUCGCCGCAGCAUGCCCAAGGCGGAUCGGAACUAUUCGCGACCUCCAGCCGGACGACAGCCCAAGGCGGAUCGGAACUAUUCGCGACCUCCAGCCGGACGACAGCCCAAGGCGGAUCGGAACUAUUCGCGACCUCCAGCCGGACGACAGCCCAAGGCGGAUCGGAACUAUUCGCGACCUCCAGCCGGAAGACCGCGGUACAGGAUGGUAUCGAACAGUACGGCCAAGCAAACGCCUUCGCUCCUCCGCAAGAUGUCCAUAGCGUAACGGGAACGUUCGCGACCUCCAACAGGGCUGCAGCUGCACCGGUUGGUCUUGGACGUUACGACCCACAAAUCGUCUUUGCUUCGCCGCAGCAUGCCCAAGGCGGAUCGGAACUAUUCGCGACCUCCAGCCGGACGACAGCCCAAGGCGGAUCGGAACUAUUCGCAACCUCCAGCCGGAAGACCGCGGUACAGGAUGGUAUCGAACAGUACGGCCAAGCAAACGCCUUCGCUCCUCCGCAAGAUGUCCAUAGCGUAACGGGAACGUUCGCGACCUCCAACAGGGCUGCAGCUGCACCGGUUGGUCUUGGACGUUACGACCCACAAAUCGUCUUCGCUUCGCCGCAGCAUGCCCAAGGCGGAUCGGAACUAUUCGCGACCUCCAGCCGGACGACAGCCCAAGGCGGAUCGGAACUAUUCGCGACCUCCAGCCGGACGACAGCCCAAGGCGGAUCGGAACUAUUCGCGACCUCCAGCCGGACGACAGCCCAAGGCGGAUCGGAACUAUUCGCGACCUCCAGCCGGAAGACCGCGGUACAGGAUGGUAUCGAACAGUACGGCCAAGCAAACGCCUUCGCUCCUCCGCAAGAUGUCCAUAGCGUAACGGGAACGUUCGCGACCUCCAACAGGGCUGCAGCUGCACCGGUUGGUCUUGGACGUUACGACCCACAAAUCGUCUUUGCUUCGCCGCAGCAUGCCCAAGGCGGAUCGGAACUAUUCGCGACCUCCAGCCGGACGACAGCCCAAGGCGGAUCGGAACUAUUCGCAACCUCCAGCCGGAAGACCGCGGUACAGGAUGGUAUCGAACAGUACGGCCAAGCAAACGCCUUCGCUCCUCCGCAAGAUGUCCAUAGCGUAACGGGAACGUUCGCGACCUCCAACAGGGCUGCAGCUGCACCGGUUGGUCUUGGACGUUACGACCCACAAAUCGUCUUCGCUUCGCCGCAGCAUGCCCAAGGCGGAUCGGAACUAUUCGCGACCUCCAGCCGGACGACAGCCCAAGGCGGAUCGGAACUAUUCGCGACCUCCAGCCGGAAGACCGCGGUACAGGAUGGUAUCGAACAGUACGGCCAAGCAAAUGCCUUCGCUCCUCCGCAAGAUGUCCAAAGCGUAACGGAACCGUUCGCGACCUCCAACAGGGCUGCAGCUGCACCGGUUGGUCUUAGACGUUACGACCCACAAAUCGUCUUCGCUUCGCCGCAGCAUGCCCAAGGCGGAUCGGAACUAUUCGCGACCCCCAGCCGGAGGACAGCCCAAGGCGGAUCGGAACUAUUCGCGACUUCCAGCCGGAAGACCGCGGUACAGGAUGGUAUCGAACAGUACGGCCAAGCAAAUGCCUUCGCUCCUCCGCAAGAUGUCCAAAGCGUAACGGGACCGUUCGCGACCUCCAACAGGGCUGCAGCUGCACCGGUUGGUCUUGGACAUUACAACCCACGAAUCGUCUUCGCUUCGCCGCAGCACGUCGAAGGCGGAACAAACACGAUCGUGACCUCCAACCGGACGACAGCGAUACAGGACGGUAUCGAACAGUACGGCCAAGCAAACGCCUUCACUUCUCCGCAGCUGGUCGGAUCAGAAUCCUACGACCCAGCAAACUCCAGCGUUUUUUUGGAAUUGGCAUUGGAAAAUGAUUUUUCAAUGUUAGACGAAUCUUUAGAUUCUACAACUGCAAAUGAAAGUUUUGUAACUUUGCUUUUGAACGGUGAUCCAGCGUUUGCCCUCGUUCCGCCGCAGCAAGUUUUGGUCGAAACUUGUCAUGAACAAAACUCGAGUUCGACUAGAGAAACUCGCAGUGCAUGUGACCAUGCCGGAAUGGAACCGACCGCGACCUCCAGCCGGAGCCCAGUUCUAUCGGUUGGUUCUGGACUGCACGAUCCAGAAAUCGUCGCUGCUACUCAGCAGAUCGGAACGGAAAUGACUGCCGCCUCAAGCUGGACCGAGUUUCAAUGUGAUGAACUGGAUACUAAUUUGUACCAGCAGCCCCCAGAGUAUUUCAUCUCUCAUCAUCUGAGCAAUUCGUCCAACAUUCAAUAUCGUGAAACAGGUUCCGCUACUGGUCUUCCGGUAAUUCGUACAUCUACGUCGAUUUAUAAAGAAGACAAAUGCACUCAAACAAACAAUACCGUAAGCAGCAAUGCACAAGAAAAUCGGGUUGAUUGGCAGGAACAAGUCCAAAUUCUGCAAAAGCAGGUCUCAUCUUUAAAGGUCUCUUUGAGCAUUGCUAAUCAAGGUACCAGAUUUACUAUCGCCACUUUGGCUCAUGACGAUAAAAAAUGCCGCUACUUUACAGGGCUGAACUGUGGUAGCUUGCUUAAAAAAUUAUUUGAGCAGUUGUAUGACAUUAUUCCUAACUUUGAUGCAAUUAGUAAGGAACAAAUUUUAAUAUUAACAUUAAGAAAAAUUCGACUGAAUGAGCCGUUUGCAACGUUGAGUUAUCUCUAUAAUCUUCACCCAACCACUAUUAGCAAUUAUUUUUAUGAGACUGUACACUGUAUACAUCCUGUAAUGAAAAAACUGGUUCAUUUCCCCCCUAGACAUGUUUUGAAGAAUCAUAUUUCUACUAAGCCCGAAUCCCAAAUAUGA